GUAGAAGCCAGAGGAUGGGAUAAACACCUCCCAGGGGUGCCUGGUCCCCAAAGUGGAGAGAUGGGGCAAAGGAACGAUGGAGAACUGCCAACCUGGGAAAGGGACCUCAUGAGUAAAGGACGAGCAAGGAGGAGCGGGUAUCAUCGGGCACUCGGCCUGGGAGGUGUGCUGCCUGAGAUUUUGCCUCUGUGAGGGGAAUGCAGCCUCAAGGCGCCAUCUUUUUGGCCCUUCCCCACCUGGGGCCCAUCCUGCUCUGGCUGCUCACCCGUCAUCGGAUGUCUGGUUGGUACGACAACCCAAAGAAACCGCCCUGGUGCCCACCUCACAAAGUCUUGUUGGCAGGGUGGAUCACCAUCUACUUUGUCAUGGGCUAUGCCUCCUACCUGGUGUGGAAGGACCUGGGAGGGGGCUUUGGGCGGCCCCUGGCCCUGCCUCUCGGCCUCUAUGCUGUGCAGCUCGCCGUCAGCUGGGCUGUCCUGAUUUUCUUUUUCGCAGCCCACACCCAUGGUCUGGCCCUGCUGCACCUGCUACUGCUUUACGGACUGGUGGUGAGCACAGCGCUGAUCUGGCAUCCCAUCAACAAGUUGGCCGCCGUGCUCCUGCUGCCUUACCUGGCCUGGCUCACCGUGACCGCUUCCAUCGCCUACCGCCUGUGGAGGGACAGCCUCUGUCCUAACCAUCAGCCUCAGCCCAUGGGGGAGAAGAGUGACUGAGGCACCAGGGACAGGAGAGGAGGGAGGAUGGCCAGGGGAGGGGUAGAAGAGAACGCAGGCAGG